AUGGUUGUUGCAGAGUUCAGUUUAUCCAAUUUGACUGUAUCACAUGCUGUUUCGGAGUCAACUACUUUUAGCGAGAUGAUUAGUGUGGUGAAACAAUAUUGGCCUUAUGUCCCUGAAGACCUCAUGCUUUUUGGUUACACUGUAGAUGGAAAAUCACAUGUGAUCAAUCACGAUUUGGAGUUGAGGUUUUUCAUUCACUACUACAUCUCCAAAGGUAUCAACGUGGUGAAGUUUAACAUCCAGUUUAAAAUUGUUGUUGAUUCUGUUCCAUCUUCUUCUUCUGUUUCUCCUUCUUCAUCAUCAUCAAGUUGUGUUUCAAACAACAAUGUGGCUAUUGUAGAAGAUUUGACGGAUGAUUCAUCUUUGGUCAAAAGGGUCCCCAAGAAAUCAUAUGCUUGGUCCAACAUCUUAACUGGAGUAGGUGGUUACAAACUUGAUGUACGUAAGAGUGACAAGAAACGUUACACUGUCCGGUGUAUUAACAAGGAAAGUCAAAGUUGUAGCUGGAGGUUUCACGCAUCUCUCGUUGCCAAUACUAAAGGUGUCUUUCGGUGCAAGAAGUUUCAAGGAGAGCAUUCAUGUGAUUUAGCUUCUUCUGAUCCCGCAAAAGUCAGGAUGACGAAAUCUUUUCUGAAGGAUAUCUUAGUAGAUGAAUUUCGAGCAUCAAAGAAGAAGAAGACUGCAUCUGAUGUCCAAGAUAUGCUCUAUCUGGAAUAUGGUAUUGAUCUCACGUAUAGUCAGGCAUACCAUGGUUUAAAGUUCACUAAAGAGUUUCUUUGGGGUGAUGACAUCAAGUCUUAUACAUACCUUCUUUGGUAUAAAGAUUCAAUUGAACGUUAUAAUCCUGGUAGCGUCAUCAAGUUUGAGUAUGAUGGUGAAACGAAGCAGUUCCAUAGGUUUUUUGUUUCUUUUGAAGCUUCUAUUACUGGUUUCAAUAAGUACUGUCGUCCGAUGUUUUUUAUUGAUUGUACUUUCCUCACUGGGAAGUUUAAGGGCGGUCUUAUGGUUGCUUGCGGAAAAACUGAUAACCAAGAGAUCUAUCCAGUUGCAUUUGGAAUAGUUCCCUGUGAAAAUUGUGCCAGUUGGGAAUGGUUCUUAACCAAUUUUAAGGGUAUUAUCAUUGAAGACCUCCCACUGACCAUCACAUCAGACCGUGGAGUUGGCUUUUUGAAGCAUGUCCAUCUUGUCUUUCCAAAAGCUUUCCAUUCUUUCUGUUUGUACCACAUGAAAGGUAAUGUUCUUGUUCCAAAGGGAAAGAGUAGGCAAACUGCUGUGAAGCUUUUUGAAGAGUGCUACACUGCGUUAACAAAGGAGAAGUUUUAUGCUGCUGCCAAGACUAUGAGCAAUCUGAAGCUGGAUUCAGUUAUUGAUUGGAUGAUAAAGAUUUCGUUCCAGAACUGGGAUGCUCAUGCGUUUCUAGGAUAA